AGAGAGAGAGAGAGAGAGAGAGAGAGAGAGAGAGAAGAGCUACAGAGAUUAUAGAUAUGCACGUUUUGUAAUACUUUACACUUUUUCCCCCCAAAUGACUAAUUAGUCAACUAAAUAACAUAAAAGGGGAAAAUGUGUAAAACGCUCAAUAAUGUAAAUAGCAGGUCAUAUUAACGAAUCAAUAAGUGUUGAACUUAAUCGGAUUAAUUCAGUAAUCAUCCGACAGGUGGUGUUAACAACAAAAAAGAAAACUCUAACUUAACAACAGAAAAAAACUAAAGAAACUAAAGAUAUGAGACGACAAAAUAGAUUAUCUAUGCUUGGUAUGGAAAAGGCGUUACACAGCGUCUUUAAUGCCAAGGAUUCAGCGCUAGGAGUAACACUACUUCGAACCAACAAAAAAGAAGAAAGAUUGUUAGAAACUAAACUAAAGAAGCUUGAAAAACAAAUUAAAAAGCAUAAUACUCAUCUGAAACAGGAGAAAAAUUCAUUUCUUACAAAGAAACAACAAGAACCGGAACCUAUUCUACUUCUUGAACAUCCUAGAACACCUAGCGUAAAACGAAGACCGCAUUAUAUGUUACCCACUGAAAGUAGGCAAAAAACUCCAUCAACACUUAAAACUAUUGACAUGGUUGUCAGAAAAACUAGUCGAAAAGCUAAUGUUUGGCAGGCGGAAGAAAUUAAAUACGAAACGUUAAGUAACGUUAUUCUAACUGAAAAAGAAAAGGAGAAAUUAGAAGAAUCAUAUAGACCGAGAUUUAAUGCUACUCCUUCUAGGCCUAGUUCUAAAGCUACUUCAGUCUCAAACGAUAGUUUACCGUCAACCGUUAAAAGAUUAUUGAGAUCAACUGGAAGGAUACCGACGGCAACGUUUAUAACCGAAUUGGAGGAUAUUCCCCUCAGACCAAAGACACCUAAAUCAGUGAAAUUUAGAACUGAAAAGAUUAAGAAACUACAAAGUAUCGGUGGCAUUAGGAAGACAGAUGUUAAUUUUAAUAGAUAUAACUGAUAUAAAAGAAAGUUCAAAUAAGAAUUGAACAAAUUGUUUGCAAUUGUGUUUCUUUUUUCCUUGAAAGGUUUUGAAAGUUCAUCGAUAUUAAACAUGUUAUAUAGCAAAACAUUAUCGAUUUUUAAAUUGAUUUCUAAUAAGCCACUUAAAAAACCAAUCAGUCAACUUGUUCUAUAGUACUUGGAUAUUUUUCUAUAUUUAUAGGGGCUAUUUUUAAAGAUAAUAGCUAUUUAUUAAAGCCAAAUAUUGAAUAAAAAACAUUAAUUUGAUUUGAUUUUAUUAAGGUUUUGUUCACUAUUGCAAACAAGAGUAUAUUACAUUUCUCAAUUUUUU